AUGGCUGCGGAGAGUGUGAUGGCGGCUGCGGAGAGUGUGCACGAUGGCGGGAUGAAUGUAUGGGUGGUAGUGGCGAAUGACUUCGUGUCUGAGAAUGCAUUGGCGGCUGAGGAGAGUGUGCGCGAUGGCGGGAUGAGUGUAUGGGUGGUAGUGGAGAAUGACUUCGUGUCUGAGAAUGCAUUGGCGGCUGAGGAGAGUGUGCGCGAUGGCGGGAUGAGUGUAUGGGUGGUAGCGGCGAACGACUUCGUGUCUGAGAUUGCAUUGGCGGCUGAGGAGAGUGUGCGCGAUGGCGGGAUGAGUGUAUGGGUGGUAGUGGCGAAUGACUUCGUGUCUGAGAAUGCAUUGGCGGCUGGGGAGAGCGGGUUUCCGCACGAGCAACGACGACUCGGUGUGGGGGUGGCGGAGGGGGAGGGGGAGAGUCUUCCCGCUCCUCGUACAUUUGCACUGGAGACGGCUCACGAGACGGCCCACGAGACGGAGCUCGAUAGGAUGGCAUGA